CAACAGUCUACCGUCGCGUCCCAUACAUACUGCGGCAUGGUUACUCGCGAUUAGCGCAUGAUCCUCCGUCCUACCUUUCUCAACAAGCCGUCUUAGGCCACCAGCAACUCCGAGGCGAUCGAACAGUAGUGUAUGCAAGGGAUCUGCCGCCGCAAUAUAAACACUGUCAGGGAUACCUACUUCCAGGUGGCGCGCGUUGUUUAGUUGACCAAAGCUCGUCUUUCGCCGCCGCGUGGCAUCUCGAACCCCUCAUGUGACCCUAGCCGCUCCCACUGGCUGAACUUUCAAUGCGGCAACAAGAGCGCAAGCGAGAUAAAAAUCGCAUACUCAUACCAAUCGUCGCUUGAUAAAGAUCUGCCAAACGCAAUAGAAUAAAUUAGGCUAAACCUACGCUUCAUCACAUCCGGUUUCCUGGAGUCACGCCCAAGUUUCUUCUUCCUUCCCACUGCACCCAAGAUGCGAUCCUUCAUUCCCCUUGGCGCCUUCGUGGCAUCUGUUACAGCUCAGACUGGGGCUUUCGAACCCGCAGACUUCAACGUGACUGAAGCUUUGAUCGCCAAUGGUGUCAAUGUCUCCGCCAUUCCUCAGCUCUCAGGCUUGGUGGAACGGACCGCACUCAGUGGCUGCUCGAUAGCUUGCUCUUCGUUGAAGCUCAUCUAUGGCAGUGGAAAGCUCGUAUCCGAACAGACUUCAGCCUACGACGCUUUCACGGGCACAUACUGGGCUGCUCAACAGGGCGCUUUAAACCCUAGGUGCAUCUUCGAACCUUCAAGCACGGUCGAAGUAUCUUCAUUGGUCUUGAUAUCUCGUCUCACUCAGUGCCCUUUUGCUGUUAAGGGUGGCGGCCAUGCUGCUUUUGCUGGAGCAUCAAGCAUCGAGGGUGGAAUCACCGUCUCAAUGAAGAGAUUCAACACCGUUGCGGCAUCCAACGAUAGGAAUUAUGCCAAUGUUGGGCCAGGUAAUCUAUGGGUCGAUGUCUACACCAAACUUGAGAAGUCAGGCCUUGGAGUUGUUGGUGGCAGAAUGGCCCCAGUGGGUGUUCCAGGUCUCGUAUUGGGUGGCGGUAUCUCCUUCUUCUCGAACAAGGUGGGAUGGGCCUGCGACAACGUUGCUGCCUACGAAGUCGUCACAGCCUCUGGUCUCGUGGUAAUCGCAACCCCAACGACAUAUCCUGACUUGUACUGGGCACUUCGGGGCGGAAGCGGUAAUUUUGGCAUCGUUACUAACUUCAAACUUGAUGCGUUCCCACUCGGCCAAAUGUGGGGUGGUCAACGCAUCUUCACGGAAAACAACUUUACAGGCGUACUCGAUGCUCUCUAUAAUUUCGCUAUUACUGGAUCUUCCAAGGACACUGAUGCUGCUGAGAUUGUUUCUUUUGGUUUCAACCCAAGUAUCGGGAAAAUGGCGAUCGUACAAACACACUACGCACGACCUGUCGCCGAUCCUCCCGUAUUCGCGGAGAUCAGAGCCCUCUCUCCCGUGAUGGAUGACACAGCAUUUGGCACGCUGGCCAACAUGACUAUGAAGAUGAACGGCGGUAGUGCCGAAGAAGAGCUUGGCAACCGCCAGACUAUGUGGGACGUGUCUCUCAAAGUCGACCGCGAACUCUACACCUAUCUCGUCGAUACCUACUACACGCUGCUUCCAGAUAUUCAAGACGUCGAAGGCCUUUCGCCGUAUAUCUCCAUUCAAGCUAUCACAGAAGGCCAACUCAAAGGCAUGCAGAAGAAUGGUGGUAAUGCGCUCGGUCUUGACGCCAGCAAGGGACCCUAUUUUGUCAUGAACAUGAGUGCCUGGUGGAACAAGGCUUCGGAUGACGCUGCUGUUCUCAAGUUCUUCUCCACUGUCAUGGACAAGGUCAAGGCUUAUGCGAAGAGCAAAGGGUUGGACAACGACUACAUCUACAUGAACUACGCAAGCGAGUUUCAGAACCCUCUUGCAAGCUAUGGAUCGGCGAAUGUAGCGAAGCUUGUUGCUGUGAGCAAGAAGUACGACCCCACUCAAGUGUUCCAGAAGCUACACCCUGGUUACUUCAAGUUGGGCCAAGGAGCGCCCAACAAGAACAUGCCAUGAAGCUUUUUCCGCCUGCUGCGGUGUCUUAAUAGUCAC